GCUGCACAUUGGCAAUUAAAAAGCAUCGGAGGGUGAUCGUGAAUGAAAUCACGGUGAAGUUUGCCGACUGGAUUACUUGUUUUUCUGGACAGCUAAUUACACAUCGAUGAAUGAUAAACCGAUAGUGGCUUUGACACAUUAAGAACGACAAAUGCUGUGCCUGAGAGAGUCGGGAGACUGCCUCCGGGAGCAGAUGCAGUGCAUGAUGAGGUCCCUGCAGGACCUGAAGCAGAUCCGGGGGGGCUGCGGGCCCCCGAGCCGGCCCCUGGCAGCAGUGCGGCCCUGCCAGAGGGCCCCGGCCCGCGAGCGACUCACCCGCCUGCGCAUCUCGGACGCCAGCGAGGCCAGCACCUACGACUCGGCCUGCUGCCUGGCCAGCCCCAUGGAGGAGGACGAGGACGAGGAGGAGGAGCGCGCGGAGCGGCUGGCGCUGGGCUCCCCCAGCAGCGAGAAGAGCGUGGACUUUGAUUCUGGGUACUCGGAGGCCUCGUGGCAGGACGAAGGCGUGGUGCUGCGGAGGACCAGGAAUGUCCGAGUGUCCUCCAGCGCCUGCCUCCGCACCAAUCGGGGGUCCGCCGGAAGGGUGCGCCCCAAAUCUACCUCGGACGCUUGUCUGGAGCGCUGGACCUCCUUCGAGGCCAGCGACCCCGAGGACUGGACCACGUCCCUCUUGACCCGAGGGCGGAACCGUCAGCCUCUGGUGCUGGGGGACAACAGCUUCGCCGACCUCAUCAAGAACUGGAUGGAUCUCCCCGAUUGUCCCGAUCCAGCGGAACCAAAGCCCAACGUGGGCCGGCGCGUAGCCAAGGACUUUUUGGUCAACUUGAGACGGAAAUUUGCGGGAAUGUCAAAAACUGUGGAGUGCCAGGCGAAAUCGGAUUCCUCUCGGGGACACAGGACUGCUGCUUCCCCAAAACGUCUCUCCUGCCCUGUGGGCUUCCAGCCCCCGCCCCCGUUCUUCCACCAGUCCCACACAGGCCUACAUGAACUGGGGACGGACUUCUACCAGUUCACUGCACUGAUGAAGACAGGCAGUCGGCAGCCAAUAAUCUGCAAUGACAUUAUUGGGUACAUCUGACUGAUGCCAUGGUGAUGAACUCUUUUCAGUUUUGUGCAUGGACACUGUUUCAUAAAUGUUAUUAUUUUUUAUAGGUGGUGUAUAUAAUGAUACUGUAUAUUUGUUGAUACAAUAAAAUGUGUUUUUCAUAAA